UGGACGGGGCUGCCUCGCGACGGCGGGCGCUUAGGAGCGGAGCCACCUGCCGGCUGACGGGCGGGCAGGCGCAGCGGGGCUGGCCCGAGAAGGAGAGAGGGCGGAUCCCCUCCGCCCCGAGGCCGAGCUCCGCCGCCCGCUCCGCCCUCGCUCCGCUGCGUGGCGCACAAGAAAGACCCGGAGCGCGAGGGGGCAACAGCGACGCGCCACGCAGCCUCGGGAAGGCAGGACAGGAGGGAAGGGACGGGGAGCGCCUCGAGGAAAGGGAAGUCGCCGCCGCGGGAAGGAGGGAGCCCGGCUGGGCGCCAUGGGCGAGGGGGAGCCGCUGAGCAUGGCCGACUACCUGAUCAGCGGCGGCACCGGCUACGUCCCCGAGGAUGGCCUGACGGCCCAGCAGCUCUUCGCUAUUGCCGACGGCCUCACCUACAAUGACUUCCUGAUCCUUCCAGGCUUCAUUGACUUCACAGCGGACGAGGUGGACCUGACAUCGGCACUGACCCGCAAAAUCACCUUGAAGACGCCUCUCAUUUCCUCCCCAAUGGACACAGUCACAGAGUCGGACAUGGCCAUCGCAAUGGCGCUUAUGGGCGGAAUUGGGAUAAUCCAUCACAACUGCACUCCCGAGUUCCAGGCCAACGAGGUCCGCAAGGUCAAGAAAUUUGAGCAGGGCUUCAUUACAGACCCCGUGGUAUUGAGUCCGGCCAACACGGUGGGUGACGUUUUUGAGGCCAAGAUCAGGCACGGCUUCUCGGGCAUCCCGGUCACUGAGACAGGCAAGAUGGGGAGCAAGCUGGUGGGCAUCGUCACCUCCCGGGACAUCGACUUCCUUUCUGAGAAGGAUUACGGCACGCCCCUCAGCGAGGUCAUGACAAAGCGAACCGACCUUGUGGUGGCGCCUGCUGGUGUCACGUUGAAAGAAGCCAAUGGGAUCCUGCAACGGAGCAAGAAAGGGAAGCUCCCCAUUGUGAACGACGUGGAUGAGUUGGUGGCCAUCAUUGCUCGCACCGACUUGAAAAAAAACCGGGACUACCCGUUGGCCUCCAAGGACUCGCGGAAGCAGCUGCUGUGCGGGGCAGCCAUCGGCACCCGGGAGGACGACAAGUACCGGCUGGACCUGCUGAUGCAGGCGGGCGUUGAUGUGGUCGUGCUGGACUCAUCUCAGGGAAAUUCCGUAUAUCAGAUCGGCAUGAUCCACUACAUCAAGCACAAAUACCCAGAGCUACAAGUCGUCGGUGGCAAUGGAUGCACAGUGGUGACAGCGGCUCAGGCCAAGAACCUCAUCGAUGCUGGCGUGGAUGCGUUGCGGGUGGGCAUGGGCUGUGGCUCCAUCUGUAUCACACAGGAAGUGAUGGCGUGCGGCCGGCCCCAAGGCACAGCAGUGUACAAAGUGGCAGAGUACGCCCGCAGGUUCGGCGUGCCUGUGAUUGCCGACGGCGGCAUCCAGACCGUGGGCCAUGUGGUCAAGGCGCUCUCUUUGGGAGCCUCUACCGUUAUGAUGGGCUCCUUGCUGGCCGCCACCACAGAGGCCCCCGGUGAAUACUUUUUCUCAGAUGGGGUUCGGCUGAAAAAGUACCGCGGGAUGGGCUCCCUUGAUGCCAUGGAGAAAAGCAGCAGCAGCCAAAAGCGCUACUUCAGCGAGGGAGACAAAGUAAAGGUGGCGCAAGGGGUUUCUGGAUCUGUCCAGGAUAAGGGCUCCAUCCAGAAGUUUGUGCCCUACCUGAUUGCUGGCAUCCAGCACGGCUGCCAGGACAUUGGCGCAAAGAGCCUCUCCAUUCUGCGGUCUAUGAUGUACUCCGGUGAACUUAAGUUUGAGAAACGGACAAUGUCGGCCCAGAUCGAAGGGGGUGUCCACGGUCUCCACUCUUACGAGAAGCGGCUGUACUGAGGACGGGUUCCGGAGCAGCAGCCAGAGGACAGUCCUCAACGUCGCCCCUCCUGCCGCUGCCACCCGUUACCGCUGCACCUGACCAGCCAGCUCGCCUGUCCUGGCUCCUGAGGUUGUGCCAACAGGCAAAGACUUGCACUAUGGAUCUUUUGACUGGUGCCGGAUGAGUGCACCAUCGCUCUCUCCUCCCCCCCACCCCACUCCUGAGGGCUGUACAUUUGGGAUUAACUCCUCAUGGGCAGGAACUGCUGGGAGCCUCUUUGGGGCUGGGGAGUGUUACCCCCACACACACUUUGUGCUUUCUCUUGACGACUGGCUCCCUAUCCUGGCCGAGUGGGGGGCAGGCAGAAGGAGGUGGCCAGAAGCCAGGCUCUGUAGGUAGCCGUAGGUAGUGCUGGCUGUUCUUCUGGCUGGGCUGAAGCCAUUUCUCUACAGGCCCUAACACAGAGUGAGCCUCAGGCUUCCCCUGUUCCCAGAGCCUGUUGGAGAGAGGAGCCUUCCUGUGUCCUCAUUCCUUCCCAGAAGCAUUCGCUGUAGGGUGGCAGGCGGUUGCAGCCUCCCCCUUUGUACAGCCUCCCCCACCCCCCAGCCAGGUUUGCUGGGGCACCUGCUUCCUGCUGGUGUUGCUUUCCAGGGCGCGAAAACGUUCCCCUGGGACUCUGCAAUCCAUCUCGCCUCAGGCGGCCCUUCGAGAGGUUGUGCAGGCAAAGGUGGCACCGGCUACCCUUGGGGUGAUGUGAUGCUGGGCAUCAGAAUAACUGUUGCGGAAAGGGUGUGUGUGGAGGGUGUCGCCGCCUCUGCCUGAACGCCUGCCGCCUCUGUCUGGCACACAAAUCCUGGCAGGGUAGAGGAAGCGCCCCCCCCCCCCCCGGCCAAAGGUGUUUCAGGGUCUUAUUCCUGCCCUGCGGGGGUAAGGGAGAGGCCUCUGCUGCUGUCACUGCCCUCAGCUCCACAGGGUCCUAGGGCCUUCAGUUUCAUUCCCCUCAUUCCUUCCUUCGCCCAACGGCUGUAACUUUUGCGCAUGUUAAAGGUCCAAUGUUGUGUCACUCUAUUAUUAAAUAAUAAAGCUACAGAGCAUCA